AUGCUAUCCAUGUUUUGCAUUGCAUGUAUCAGUAUCGGAAGAUAUAUUACAAUACGUAAACCUUUUAAUAAUCAGAUUCGUAGACAUUUUUAUCGAGGUUUCCCAGCAGUACCUUUAUUGCUAUGCUUUCCUAUUCUUAUUCCAAUAAUAUUUACGAUGAAAACAAUCGAUGUCACCUCGGAUAGAUGGGAUUGUCGCAUUAGUAAUGAUAAUGCAUGGAAUCGAUUAACUGGUCUACUUGUUGGAGCAUGUUUUAUUUUAUUAGUGAUGCUUAUAAGCGCCAAUUAUGCUGAAAUUGUGCGCCAUGUGCAUCGAAAAUUUUCAAGACGAAAAGCAAGACAAUCAGAAAGUUCUAAUAGCAAACAUUAUCAUUUAUCAGAGCCACGAUACGUACGUGAAAUGACUUCUUCCAUUGUACGUGUGGCUGUAUUUCAUAUGAUCUGUUGGCUUCCGUUUUGUUUCAUUGCGGUGAUUCCUACUGAAACAUGUUCACUGGUGUUAGUAUCGAUACGAACGAUAAGUAGGAUUAAUGAACACGCCUGGGUGUUGUGGAUUUUAAUACUGGCAAAUUGGUUAACAUAUUUGAAUUCCGCAUUGAACUGGAUUUUCUAUGUCGUGUUAAAUCGAGAUCUCAGGGAACUGAUCAGGAGUAAUACGAAACGACGAAAACGUAGUGCAAUGGCUAACUACUAUUCAUCAUCAAAUUUAGCGAACAGAUAUUCUCGACAACGUUUGGAUCGAAGUUUAAGUAUUCAUGCAUUAGCUGAAAGUCUGUAA